CCCUCAGAAUCUGCGCGCGUGCGCAGUAGCGUACAGCGUUAUCCGGGUACUUCGCUAGGAUCCCUCUGAGAGGAGGCGGGAAAUGGCGUCCCGAGCAGCUGUAGAUCUCUCUGUCGUUCUGUGACUCGCGCUCGGCGGAGAAGCGACCGAGAGACGCGCGCGCGGGCCGCCCCAGGCGCUGCCGCCACAUCAACAACCGCCUCUGCAUCGCGUCGCUGUGACCCCUGGCAUUCUUACAUGUGACUUUUGGGACAAUGAGGCUGAGAGUGCGUAAGGCAUCUCAGCAGCGGAGCGCCACCCCGUCCGCCCGGACCGCCAAGACCAAGAGGAAGCACUCCGAGGUGGAACGCACUUUGUCCCCCGAAGACGGCAAGAUGCAGAAGCGAGACACGGGCAUUUUCUCCACCAUCAAACGGUUCAUCAGAGGCAAUGCUGUCAAGGUGGAUCAGUGCACUCCUGCUAAGAGAAGCCGUAUAGACUGCGAUUCGGACAGUAAUCUGAUCACAUCCACUCCGACCGGAGGAAAUCUGCCCAGCAGAGCAAACCCCAGAACCCGCAGGAAAGGCCCUGUCAAUGGAGACACCAUGACAGGUCAGAGUAAACCAGUGAAGCCCAACGGGAAGCUGGAGGUGCAGACGGAAACUCCCAGCAGUCCGCCCCGCACCACCCUCCUGGGAACCAUCUUCUCUCCGGUUUUUAGCUUCUUCUCACCUGCCAACAAAAACGCUACGGCGGGAUCUGAUUCCCCGGGGCAGGCGGUGGAAGCAGAGGAGAUCGUCAAGCAGCUCGACAUGGAGCAGCUCGAGGAAACCCCGACCAGCACUACCACAGACGGCCAAGACCUGACCUUUGACCCUGCACUAAACCCCAGACCGCUGCCUCACGCGGACACAUCGGUAGAGGAAGGAGAGAUCGUCACAGAGGCCGAUAUGCCGCCGCUAACCGCCGUAGGAUCUAACAGCAGUUACCCAGAUGUCCCGCCAUCGCCUCCAGCAGAAGGGACUUACGAGGAGGACUGGGAAGUUUUUGACCCUUACUUCUUUAUCAAACACGUGCCACCCUUGACCGAAGAGCAGCUCACCCGUAAGCCUGCGCUUCCUCUGAAAACCAGGAGCACGCCCGAGUUCUCUCUCGUCCUGGAUCUUGACGAGACUUUGGUUCACUGCAGCCUCAAUGAAUUGGAGGACGCAGCCUUGACCUUCCCUGUGCUUUUCCAAGAUGUCAUUUACCAGGUGUACGUCCGGUUACGACCAUUCUUUAGAGAAUUCCUGGAGCGCAUGUCUCAAAUUUAUGAGAUUAUUCUCUUCACUGCUUCCAAGAAGGUGUAUGCUGACAAGCUGCUGAACAUCCUGGAUCCUAAAAAACAGCUGGUUAGGCACAGAUUGUUUCGCGAGCACUGCGUAUGCGUCCAAGGCAACUACAUCAAAGACCUUAACAUCCUCGGGAGAGAUCUCUCCAAGACGGUGAUCAUAGACAACUCACCUCAGGCUUUUGCCUACCAGCUUUCAAAUGGGAUCCCCAUUGAGAGUUGGUUUGUGGACAAGAAUGACAAUGAGCUCCUAAAGCUGGUGCCGUUUUUGGAGAAGCUGGUAGAACUGAACGAGGACGUUCGGCCACACAUAAGAGAGAGAUUUCGCCUGCAUGACCUUCUACCCCCGGACUGAAUGUCGCAGCGACACGAACAUUUCUUGCCAACCUGACUGUUUUUGAGCAGUGGGGAAUUUACACCACGGGAGAAGGAAAAUUUGCCACAAACUCUUUGCCAUAAGGAUUUCAACUACAGACCUGCGUCCUUUUAUGUGGGGAGGGGAGGGUUGGGGGUUCAGGGCUCUGGACUAAUGUUUUCAAACGAAAGACUCGAUGUAUGCAUACGUUUUCUAUACACACGCGCACACACACACACACACACACACACACACACACACACACAAACAUUUAUGGAAGCGAAGGCGAGGCGGAGAAGAUCACUUUUGAUUGGUCGUCCAUCUCGGCUCUGUGGUGGAGUUUAUGCCUGAUUCGGACUUUAAAGUAAAGCGCUGUGCAGAAGUGGACUUGCGUCACUCCUUUUGGUGCUCAAAGGGACCCUCUCUGCCCUUCCAGGCCUCUGGCUUUUACUUCGAGAAUGACCGGUUGAAUAUAACUAUAUAAAACAUGAAUAUAUACAUUCAACUAUGUGUGUAUAUGUAUAUAUAACAUUUGUACAUAUAUAUUUUUUUUCCUGUCAAGUUUGUAAAACACGACUUGCCCUUUGGUUUUAAUUCACGAUGCAUUCCUUUUUAGUUCGAGGUCUUUUUUUUUUUUUCAUAGACGAGCCGGCUUUUUAUUAAUUUUUUUUUACUCUAGAUUUUAUGUAUAUUUAAUGGCCCUAUCCGUUACGCUCUAGCUUUUUUCUUCCUCGUAAUCUGGUGAAAUGUAACCCGAAAUCCGGUCACGUCCCACGUGUGGAAAAACAUGCUCAUUUGUAAAUUUCUGUGUAGUCUCUAGUUGUGGCUUUCAGUUACUGACCGCUUACUACCAUUUAUCCGCGUCGCUCCUAAUUUGGGGAUUUUAACUCUUCUGUUCUUAGUUUGUUUUUAUAUACAAGUAUAGAUGAAAUGUAAAAUACUGUAUGUGCUUUUAAAUUGCUUUUCUGUGGAGAAAAAAAAAAAAAAUAAUGCUUUGUCUCUUUCUGAAAUGUCCGGUAAUUGUAGCACCAGCACAUGAACUAGCUUAAAUCACUGCGUAGCUGCAAUAUUUCCUGUUUUUAUUUUUUUUUUUUAUUCCGCUUCUCCUGCGCUCCCGCUUUGGAAACUUUUAGGAAUUAUCAUGUACAGCUCUACCUACCUCUGAAGGGUAGACCUUCCGUUUCAUUCAGUGUUACCCCAAUGUUUUUUAUUUCCAUGGACAUUAAUACAUGAUUUUAAUGUACCAGAAUUGUUCGAAUUGGUUUUUCUUUGUCGUUUGGGAUGAAAGCAUCACAUGUGGCCUUGAUUUGUUCGUUUUAUCUGGAAGGGAUGAAUGUUUUCGGGUUAGUACUAUAUGCUCUUCGUGUGCGAACGAGCGAUUUUGGAAAUUUUUUUGGCUAUUGAAUUGGUCCGUUUGUACCUCUGGCAGCUCUUGUCAAUUUAGGUAACUAUUUUUCUCAAAACGGCAGCUUUUGUUUUUGGAAUUUGAAUAUGCUGUCAAUCACUCUUAUCUUUUAAAAUGCAGUGGAUGAAAUGAGUAUUUUGAUUGGACGGUUGUGUGCUUGGUUGCAAUGUAUGUUUGUGAAUGUCAAGGCCCUUGUUAAAAAUAGCUGUAAAUGCAAUGAAUGUAUUUCAGUGUAGCUUUUUGCAGCACACAUGAAGCAACAAGAAAACAUACUCAAGAUCUUUCCAGAUUAUGUAUGAUUUCAUAUGUAUGUGUUUUUCUUUGAAUGGUCAUCUCUACAUUAGUGUCCGUGAAAUCCCUGAUUGAGUCCUGGACUUUGGUUUUAUGUAGCUUUGACUUAAACAACAGCGGCUAGUCACUGAAAACGGCAUGCUGAAAAGUUCAAGACAUUAAAUGCGCUGUUUUUGCACAUCAGAAACUUGCAUUUGUACUAUUAGCUGCUCUUGGGUCAAAUACAUUAAGACGGCAGCGUCAAAAAGUUCACAGAAGUGAUUUCGUGUCCAUUGAAAGCACAUUAAAUGUGUCUAUUUUUAAGGUUUCAAAUAAGUUUUUGGAGAAUAAAAUGUUGAAAUUGUUACAUUGUCA